UCACAAAUCACAAUCUUUGUCAAAGAUGUGAUAUCUCAGAGAUAAAAGACCUGUGAUUUCUUAUGGAACAGGAAGGGUUAGUAAAUUUGGUCUGAUGAAUCUGACCUGACAGUUUCUGUACGCCUAAUCAUCUGCACUUCGUGACCCAAUCCUCACGGCAUUGACUCUGCCCUUAGAUAAGGCGUUUGGUACCCGAAGCAGCGGCCAUCGGUCGAUGAAAAUCUUCAGAGGCUGCACCAUCUCCUUGUGCGGAUCCGCACCGUCGUCGAGGAAGCUGAGCAGCGGCAUGUCACGAACCAUGGGAUGAUCCGUCAGCUCGAGCUGCUCAGGGAGCAGAUGUUCAGAGGCCACUGCGUUCUUGACGCCUUCAGAUUCAGAGAUGAGGAGGAGGACGAGGUAACACCACGUUUUGCUCUGUCCAAAUUCAACCGGGCUAAGCGUAUCCGCUUCUCUGACAGCAGCAGCAACACUCAAAUUCAGACAAGAAGCACGAACGAUCUGCAUCAGACUGUCACUAGCCUCGAGAGAAUCAUCGGUGACACCAAGGAAUUCGUCGUGUUCUUGAUGAGCUAUCCUCCUGUGUAUCGCCAGCCUUACAGCACGCAUCUGUACCUGGAUGGAUGCAUGUUCAACCGUCAAAUGGAGAGAGAAAAUGCCAUCAGCUUCCUGCUGCAGAGAGAGCCUCUUGCAGUUGCAGAAGAAAUUGUUCAGGUUUUGCCGGUUGUUGGCCCGGAAUUCGUCGGGAAGAGCACUCUCGUUGAACAUAUCUGCCGUGAUCAGAGAGUGCGUGAACACUUCUCUCUCAUCUUGUAUUACAGUGGAGAUGAUCUGAGAUAUGAGAAGGCAGAAACUUUCAGUGAAAUUUGUCAAACCAAGCAUCGAAAUGAAUCAAACGAUGCCAUGGAUGGAAGAUUGCUGCUUAUCAUUGAGCUCUUAGGAGAUGUUGAUGAAAGAACACUCAAGAAAAUCCACUCUUCUUUCAGAAAGCAAAUGACACAUGAGAUCAAAAUCAUGAUCACAAGCCGAUCAGAGAAGAUCAUCAGGUUGGGAGCCAAACAAGCUCUGAGGCUGAAUUUCCUGCCAUUCGAAGCCUACUGGUACUUCUUCAAGGUUCUUGCAUUUGGAGCCACAGACCCAGAGCAGCAUCCAAAGCUUGCAUCCAUGGCGAUGGAGAUCGCGACAGUGCUAAGAGGCUGCUUCUUGUGUGCACACAUCGGAGGAGCUCUACUGAAAGCCAAUUUCAACUCCAAAUUCUGGAGCAGGUUUGUUGCGUUCGUCAGAGAGUACAGAGACGAAAUUAACUCCCUUAUGCCUUGUGAUUGCCAGGAUCAUCCUAAGUUCGGUUGGGUAAUUGUGAGACCUAAACCUGAAAAUUACUUUGUACUGCGUGAUAGCUACCAGAAGGCUCUUGUUGAAGAUGAUGGUCCAAAGAUUAAGCUGGUUGAUUUGCUGUCUGGACGCGUCAGGCGCCGAGGGAAAUUCGAGGUUUUGGUGUGGAAAUCUCGGAUUCCUCCUUAUUACAGCUACAUAUCAAAUUGUGUUAUGUACUAGGUUAAAUGACAUGUGGUUCAGGCUUUCAGUAGGUUGGUGCAUGGAAUGGUUAUUUGCAUUAUGGAUUUCCUUUUUUUUUUAACUUCUGAACUGAUUUAGAUGCUGAAGGUUGACACUGCAGAGUGCAGUAGACUGCUUUCUCUCCUGUGAUACUGAAUUCAUUUUCCUUGAGUUCAAAAAAUAUACCGACUGCAGUAUAACUACUA